GCUCCCCCGUUUUGCAACUUCAAUCAGGUAGAGAAAAAAUUGAGUCUUGCGACUUUUGCCAGAUAGACAUCAAAAAGGAAACUUUUUUGUAUUUUUUUUGGGAUUUCUCCAUCUUUUGGCCUUUCUCUUUCCUAGUAAUUCAUACCAAACGUAACGGAAAUACCGUCGUCUCUGCUCUCUUUCUCUCUCUCUCUCCUCUCUCGGUUUUUGCCGUCGCACCCUUGAAAAACCAAAAAGCAAUUCUAAGAGAGAUUAGCAGAGAGAGAGUAAGAGGGGGGGAAGGUAUUUGACAAUCAAUAUUCAAAAGAUUUGUGAUUUUGCAACGUUACAAGAGCCUUUCUGUUGUGUUUUUAUGAUUGUUUUGGGUAUGUUCGGAAAAAUCUUAGGAAUGAAUCUCAAAAUUAAUGAUACCCAUAUGAUAAUUUGAUCGAUUUUUGGAUGUGUAAUUCACAUUUCAUUUGAAGGAUUUCCAAGUGGGUAUCCGAAUUUCUUCAUUAAUUUCAAGAUUUUGUGUUGUAAAUCUUGGAAUUUAAGGAUUUUGGUCAUGUGGGUAUUUUGAGGGUUUUGAAAAGACUGUGGCUCUCAAGGGUUUUGAAUUGGGAAUUGGGAAUUGGAUUGUAUUAAAUUGAAUUGGGUUUUUGGGGCAAAGAUUUGUCAAUGGUGAUGUCGUCAGAUAAUGUCAAGGGUCUUGUGUUGGCUGUUUCUUCGAGCAUUUUUAUAGGGUCAAGCUUCAUCAUUAAGAAAAAAGGUCUUAUGAAAGCUGGGACUACUGGUACUCGAGCAGGAUCAGGGGGGCACUCAUACUUAUAUGAACCUUGGUGGUGGGCUGGAAUGAUUACAAUGAUUGUUGGGGAGAUAGCUAAUUUUGCAGCAUAUGCUUUUGCACCUGCAAUUCUUGUUACUCCUUUGGGAGCCCUUAGUAUCAUUUUCAGUUCAGUUCUAGCUCAUUUUAUCUUGAAGGAAAAGUUGCACAUAUUUGGUAUGCUUGGUUGUGUUCUCUGUGUGGUCGGAUCAACCACUAUUGUUUUACAUGCUCCGCAUGAGAGGGAUAUUGAAUCUGUUAAGCAAGUAUGGACGCUCGCCACUGAGCCAGGUUUCCUGGUGUAUGCUGCUAUUGUUGUAGUGAUGGUUCUUGUCCUCAUUUUCUACUACGUUCCACGUAACGGCCGGACACAUAUGAUUGUGUACAUUGGAAUUUGCUCUCUCAUGGGGUCUCUUACGGUCAUGUGUGUCAAAGCUGUGAGUAUUGCCUUGAAGUUGACUUUUGAGGGAAAUAACCAGUUUAAAUUCUUCCAAGCAUGGUUCUUCACCAUAGUCGUAAUUGUUUGCUGUAUCUUGCAAAUUAACUACUUGAACAAGGCGCUGGACACCUUUAACACUGCUGUUGUAUCGCCUGUCUACUACGUCAUGUUUACUUCACUGACCAUCCUUGCCAGUAUGAUCAUGUUUAAGGAUUGGGAUUCACAGAAUGGUUCACAAAUAGCAACAGAAUUGUGUGGAUUUGUAACGAUUUUGUCAGGGACAUUUCUGCUUCACAAAACAAAGGAUAUGGGAAGUACACCAGCAGCAGCAGCAGUACCUGUAACUGAACUUGUUAGGCAAUAUAGCAGCAAUUGCAUUCGUGAUAGUUCUAAGCAUUCUGACCGCCAUGGUAGCCCAGAUCGCAAUUGCAGAGAAUAAGCUCCCUCCAUUUUCCAGACAUCCAACUUAUAUUUUUUGGACAGAUGAUGAUAUCUUGUGUCUUGCUGCACAAAGUUUGGGCUUGAAAUGUUCAUCACAAAUACAAAAUGGCCAAUUUUUUAAUUUGGCAGAAACAAGUGCAGAUAAAUUUCUGAUUAAAGGGUGGGUAAAUAUAUUCGUUGCUGUUGCGGAAGGGUCUAAUUAUUUGUAGGGAUACAACCACGUCCAUGUUAGCUAGAUUUUUCUCUCUUUUUCUCUUUCUUUUUUUUUUCCGCUACACGGAUUUGAGGUCGUGACUUGUGAAUAUGUUUCGGAAAAUAAACGGAAAUAUUGGUUUAUGGAAAAGAUCGAGUUUUUGAAGUAGAAACUAGAAAGGCAGGUGGAAAUGAGUAAGAAAUCAGAGCAGUUUUUGUAUCA